AUGAAGACCCUACUAUUCUGCUUGGUUCUCACGACCUUGAUAAGCUUGGGACUGUGUGCUUGUAAAUACAGGCCGGGACGCCGUCAAAUAACAGAGUUCGGCCGGACUCGGUAUUUGUGUGACUUUCCUGUCGGUAGCAACGGAAGUCGGUUCAGCAUCACGUUUGAACUAGGGUCAAAGUUUUCGACCGCCGACUGUAACGAAUGCGAGUGUACAGCUGAUGGUAUGCGUUGUUGUGGUUUCGGUAUUAAUUCUGGGGCUCCUGUUUUCGCUCCCGAUGGUUGCCACGUGGUAGCUGAUGGAUGCAACGCCAGAGUGGUCUAUAAGUCGGACAACCGGACAGACUGCUACGCCCAAAACUAUGGAUAUAACCGCCGUUCAAUGAGUCCCUACGCCAGACCAUUCGACCCCUUCAUGGAUGCUUACGGUAUGUUUGAAAUGGGUGGACCAGGAAAUGCGAUGGGACAACGUAGGGGACAAGCCAACGGUGGAGGGGAGAUGGAGUCGGAAGGUCUUCUGCCAAUACUUUUACCAUUGUUGAUGGGGUCCUUUGGUGAGGCUGCAGCUUCGGCCCCGGUUGGAAGAAAUUCGGAAGCUAACACUAUGGCUGGUGGAGCAGGACCUCAGACAGGAGGAAUGGUUGCCAUGAAUCAGCUCCCUCCUUUAUUUCGACUUAUGUUCUUGUCUAGUAUGUUCUCUAGCUAA